AUGGCCACUCUGGAGGGCUGUCACUGUCAGGACGCCGGGGUGCAAAACAAUAACAACAGCAUCCUGUACAACAUACUGAAGAACGACAGCCUCACGACCACCGAGGAACCAACAUCACAACCACAACACAGCCAGCAGCACCAAGUGCUCAAGGUCUCCUCCUGUUCCUCUUCUUCGAGGUUCAAGCUUAGGCAGCAACAGGCUUGCUCUUGCAGUUCCUCGCUGCGACGGGGGUCUCUCCGGUCCCCCCAGGUGACCUGCAAAGCCGCAUCGGCGGUCCUCAUGAAGACUCUGCGAUUUGUAAAGAACGUGCCGUGUUUCCGCGAGCUUCCUGAGGAUGACCAGCUGCUGCUCGUUCGGAACGGCUGGGUGCCACUGCUUGUGCUGGGCCUCGCGCAGGACCGGGUGGACUUCGAGACCACGGAGACCGCGGAACCUAGCAUGUUGCAGCGGAUCCUGACCGGCGGCUGUGUCAGCCAAGGCGGCUUAAUGGACAGACAGGUUGAGCCGGAGCAGAGCGCGGGAACACCCGGGGUCUCUCUCGCGGAUAUCCAGGGCAUCAAAGCGUUCUUGAAAAAGUGUUGGGGUUUAGACAUCAGUACCAAGGAAUAUGCCUACCUCAAAGGAGCCGUGCUCUUCAACUCAGAUCUCCCUGGUCUGUGCUACCUCAACUACAUCCAGUCACUGCGGCGCGAGGCCCACCAGGCUCUCAACGAGUAUGUGAAGCUGAUCCACCGGGACGACGCCACACGCUUUGCCAAGCUGCUCAUCGCCCUGGCCAUGCUGAGGGCCAUCAGCCCCCCGGUGGUGGCACAGCUCUUCUUCAAGCCCAUCAUUGGAGCCGUCAAUAUGGAGGAGGUCCUGCUGGAGAUGUUCUAUGGGAAGUAG